UAUAAAAUAAUUUAUCGUAUGUAGGUGAAAACCUUCCAUCAUGGGAAAUUUAUUUGAGCAUCUGAAAACUCUAUUUAAAUAUGAACUGUUUUCAAACGUGAAAACUUUGGCGAAUUUGAUACUAGCAGUGUAUGACAAUAAUAGAGGUAUACUAACUCCACAAGAAUAUUUUUACGUGCUGAUAUAUUAUGCCGAGUCUCUCUUUUACGAACAUCAAUACCGAGAAGCAGAGGGAUUAUACAAACAAGCGCUGCAAGCAAAGCGUAUAUUACCUAAAACAAAACUUCUUGGAAAUAAAUCCAGCGGAACCUGUUUAGAUGUUUUUUCAGAAGUAGAAAUCAAGUUUAAGACUGCAAAAUGUAUGGUAGAAAUUAAGCGUUUUCGAGAUGCAAUAGCUACAUUACAAUCGCUUUCUAUUAAGCAGCGUACUCCUAAAGUCAAUAUGCUUCUAAGCCGAUUAUGUCAUAAUCAUGGGCACGAAAGAUCAGCAAUCGGUACAUAUAAAGAGGUGUUAAAAGAUUGUCCUCUAGCAUUUGAAGCUAUUGAAGGGUUGCUUUCACUUGGAACUAAUGGAAUAGAACUAAAUACGUUGAUACUUAAUACGACUCUCGCGCCACAAUGUAACGAUUGGCUAAGCUAUUGGAUCAAGGCACAUGCUCAUAUUCAUAAUAGGAAGUAUUCUGAGGCAGUUCAAACGCUUCGCUGGAUUGAAACAAAUACUGCAUUAGCAAACUACCAUCAAUUAUUGGUGCUUAUAGGAGAAUGUUACUAUUAUAAUGGAGAAUACGAGAAUGCUUACAACUAUCUGAAAAGAGCUCAUGAUCAAUACCCGUAUAUGAAAAAUGGGAUUCAGAUUCUAGCCAUUCUGAUAGCAAAAAAGAAAAAGGUGAACGAAUUGGAAAAGAUGAUAGCACCAACUUCUACCUUUCCAUAUGAAUAUUGUUCAGAAAUGUGGUUUGUGAUGGCACAAUAUCUAUACAUCACUGCAAAGUAUGACAAAGCAGUUUACUUCGUGCAAAAGGCUUGUUUUUUGAAUCCUAAAAACGCGGAAGCUUUAAUACUAAAGGCAGAAGUUUUACUACACCUUAAGAAACAUCAAGAAGCAAUAGCUCAUUUACGAUUUGCACAACAAUUUGCACCUUAUCGCUAUGAGGUGCACAAGGUGUUAGUAGACACAUAUAUCAACAUGAAUCGUUCACGAGAAGCUCAAGCACAGGCGUUGAAAGCUCUAAAAACUAUAGGAGAAACCCCUAGGUUGCUGGUGCUUCUUUGCCGUGCUUAUUUACAAGAUGAUGCAACAAAACCAAAAGUCAAACCGCUGCUACAGAAAGCACUAAAUCUGAACGAACUUUAUCUUCCUGCAAUAUAUCUUUUAGCUGAGAUUUAUCGACAGGAAAAUGACGUUGUGAGCUGUGUUCAAUUAUUAAAGAAACAUGCAAUAUUAACACAAAGCUGCAAACUAAAUGUUAUGUUAGGCGAUCUGCUCAGUAACAAUAAAGACCAUUCUGCGGCGCUGGAGCAUUAUACUACUGCACUAAAUUUGGAUCCCACAAAUCGAUGUGCUAUGACAGGACUGCUUGCAAUGGGACAACCUUGCACUGCGGGAACUAGUGGAAGCUUAAGCACGUCUUACCUGAAUUCAUCUUUGAUUGACGAUUGCAGCGAUGUUGCAGAUAAUCACUUGGAAACAAUGGAAAACCAACAGAGCAUGCAGAACGAAGUUGAAUCAGAAAGCGAUAUUAUGUGGUCUGAUGUAGAGAUUGAUAUUAAUCAAUAGAGAUUGCUGACAUUUAUCUUACGCACACUUUGCCACCUAUACGUGAAGACACGAUUUGUAUUCAUCGAAAAUCGUUUCCCGAUGCCAACAAACUACCAAUAGAACAAAUCAUCAUACCGUCAAUUGACAGAUACUGGCGCCCUUGUUUACAUUUUGUAAAAUUUUCCUUUCCGUUUAUAGCGAAUGUAGCGUGUUUUUUAACAUUUUACAGGCAUAAUGGCCUUUAAAUUUAGUCCUAAUGCUGUUUAAACUCGGUUUAAACAAAAACCUUGCCGUUUAAACAGCUGAAACUUUUUGGGAUUCUGCGGUCUGUUUGUAAACAAGGACGCCAGUAUCUGCCAGAUGACAUCACCUUGAUUUGUUCACCAUUGCGUAUCAGUAAUCCUUAUAACCCUACACCAGUGGUUCCCAACCUUUUUUUUGUCCGCGAACUCCCUGGCGAUAUUUCACAAAAAAUGUACCCCCUGCAAACAAAAUGUGUAUUUAUGUGUAACAUUUUGUUGGAAAAGAUUGACGAAAAUAGGACCAAAUAGAAUAGAAAUUCCUUCUUUAAAAACCGUAAACAAAUGUCGUCAUCGUCAUCGUCCGCAAUAUCCCGAAGUGGUUCGUGAUAUUUCAAGCAGUCGUCUUUAUUCGAUUCGAUUCUGGGUCACUCGUUACCUAGUCUUACCGUCGCAAGUCGCAAGUCCCUCUGUUACUGGUGCCGGUGGGGUUGUUGUAGAAAACUUUUUUCUUCGCUCUGUCGUCCUUCAUCAUUCGGUGCAUUUAAUUUAAGCCCAAUCCUUUUAAACUCCGCUGACAGUCUGGCGUAGAUUGUCUCCGCCGUCGAAAAGUUCCUGGAUGUGUCAUCAAAGUUAUCUGCGAAGGCAAUGAGUGGGCUACCUUUGCUGAAAAUCGUGCCACUCGUUUCAAUGCCCGCUCUUCGGAUCACACCAUUAAGAGUGAUGUUAUAAAGCACACAAGAUAAGCCGUCACCUUCUCUUAACCUUUGCCGCAUCUUGGAGGGGCUUGAGAGUGCCCACGAGAUGUUUACGUCUACGUUUACUAAAAACAGCUGUUCGGUGUCGGUGUUUGCGGAAUAGUGUAAAUCGUAUAAAAAAACGAAUUCCUUUUAUCAAACACUCGACAGUUUAAUUUAUAUCUAUUUCGAAAUCGCUGAGGGCGUUGGGAGCAGUCAACUAAUUCUAACACUCAAUGAGCACCCAGUGGAAUUUAAUUUCCUUUUAAGGGGACAUGAAAAACUAAAAUUUUUGAAAAAAUCAUUAUUUUUUUUACCUUUGUUAUACUAUAACAAAGGUUUAGGAAUUGGUCGAAAAACACGAAAUUGAUCCGAGGCCCGGAGGGCCGAGUCACAUAUACCAAUCGACAGGGUUCGACGAACUGAGCAAUGUGUGUGUGUGUGUGUAUGUGUGUAUGUAUGUGCGGGGCGCAACUUUUCUAUCGCCUGUUUCUCGGAGAUGGCUGAACCGAUUUGUUCGCUAUUACUUUUGUUUGAAAGGUAUUAUUGCCUAGUAUAUCACUAUUGAAUUGUUUCGAGGUCCGACAUUUCGUUUAAAAGUUAUAAGUAAAAAAGUAAAAAUUAAGUGACACGAUUUUCUCCGGACCCAAAUGACCGAUUUCAACAAUCUUGGUAUCGAAUGAAAGCUCUUGUUAACACUAAAUUUUUCGGAUAAAUUUUUUUGAAAACAAACAAUCAGUUUAAAAGUUAUGCUUAAAAAACCUGUUUUGACAAGGUAAUAAUUAUCGCCUGUUUCUUAGAAAUGACUAAACCGAUUUAGACGCCAUUAGUCUCAUUUGACAGGUAACAUAACCUAAUAGAUCACUAUUGAUUUGUUUUUUGAUUGGACGUUUAAUUUGAAAGUUAUGAUCAAUUGAAUACAACACAUUAAAAUUUACAAUAAGUUAUAACGAUUUCAUCAAACAUGAUUUAUCUAGUUUGAAUUAUUUUGGCAUCAAAUUAGAGAUUUUAACGCUACAAAUAUAUCUGCAAAAUUUCAGAAGAAUCGGUUUUGCCGAUCAAAAGAUAUUAACCCUCCAACACUCGCGCCGACUUUUGUAAUUCGGUAACUCGCGCGCACAAUGGCCCAAAGCCAAAAAGACAUGCGCAUUAGAAUUUUGACUGGGAAAACUUGGUUUUAGGUUUAUGGAACCUU